GUCAGAGAUCAGCUGACUGGUUUGUUUUGCUGGGUAAAACGGACUUCACAAGACGAAGCAACGACACGCAACUGAAAUAUACGAUUUCGCAUUAUAUAAAACAUAACAGAUCGAGAUCUGUUCAGAGAUAGAAAAGAAAAGAAAUUAGGCAGGUUUGCCUAAAUAAAACGGCGUCUAAUCUCAUUUUUAAACAUGCCUUCGGAAAAGACAUUUAAACAAAGGAGGACAUUUGAGCAGCGCGUGGAGGAUGUACGGCUGAUCCGGGAACAGCAUCCAAGCAAGAUCCCAGUGAUCAUUGAGAGAUACAAGGGAGAAAAGCAACUGCCGAUUCUUGACAAAACUAAGUUCUUAGUUCCUGACCACGUAAACAUGAGCGAACUUAUUAAGAUAAUCAGGAGACGCCUCCAGCUCAACUCCAACCAGGCUUUCUUCCUACUCGUCAACGGUCACAGCAUGGUAUCUGUGUCCACCGCUAUUUCUGAGGUCUACGAACGCGAGAGAGAUGAGGACGGCUUCCUGUACAUGGUCUAUGCCUCCCAGGAGACAUUCGGAACUGCGUGUCCCCAGUAAAAAUGGCAAAAAGAUUGGCUUUCACUCUUGGACAAUGAUACUACCCUGAACUCUUCUGACCUCUCCCUUGCAAAUAUCCCCUUUCCCGUCCCCAUCCAAACAGGAACCAACUGAACCUUCAGUCAUUUGGCUCACUGAUCCCAAAGCUAAAUCCUAACUUCCCACAUCUCAGCCCUUUAACCUCGACUCCCUCCAAAUAAUUUUGAGUUUUAAUAACGGAAGAGGAGUCGAUUGCGUUUAGGUUGUAAGACAGGCUAUGGUUAGUCGGAUUUAUUACUCAACACAAGGCUUGAACGAAAGACUUCUGGGUGUAGAGAUGGAAUCAUCUCUUUUAUCUUAACGGUUGAAUUCCCGAAAUGGCAUCUAGUGUAACGUUAGGCGGCCAAAUAGAGGUUAUCCGUCAGGUCCGUUUUGGUUCGUCGAAUCUCUUUAUUCGUUGAGUUCGACAGCCUUUCCUUACCUGUAGGUGUCAAACUGUGUUCCAUUUUCCUGUUAGAAGCAAUUCAGUCUUUUCACCUCCCCCUCGAGCUUUUUGCUAAUUGGGUCAUGAGCGUUGAGAUUCUUGGAUUUCACAACAAGUCAAAGUCCUGCUUGACUUAUUGACUUAUGAAGUACGAUCCAGUUGGCUGUACCUGAGGAAAUAAAUAGCAAUUUAUAAUACAAGAAAUUCUGCUUUGAUUGUAGUGUGAAGCUUUAAAAGUGCAAGUUUAGGAAGGAAAAUGUAAUUAUAUUCAAUGGUACAUUGAGCGAAUGAAUGUGGCUUUAGCGAUUGUGGCCCAAGGUAGUCAGGGCGGCUCAGUUCACGGACACGAGCGCCGCCCGAACAUCCUUGCUCUUUUAGGUGCACGCUUUUAGUCUUUUCGAUUUUAUUAGAGGAUUAUUUGCGCCUUUAUAAAUACAUAACCGUGAGCUGUGGUACUCUUCCCAUCUGUAUGUCUUACAGUAAACUGUACAGAUAAGCUUAGAUGCCUUUUUUCCUGAGCUGUUUGUCUUGCUCUUAUUUAAAGAGAUGUUAUUUUUUCGUUGUUUUGUUCAUGUAAAAACAAUUCAUAUGUGCUACUAUUGUGGAAUUUACAAAAAUGACAGUUUGUUUUAAAUGAGAGUUUAACUUUAAAGGAUUAUCAACCCGUUAUCGAACUAAGCUCCUUUAUGUAUUUCUCCUGCUCAGAUUUACAGCAAUAUCACACUUCUAUUUCUGUUGAUAUUUUAAAAAUAAAUGAGAAAUAUGCAUCCUG